AUGGCAUCAUCAUCAUCAUCACCAUCUUCGUCGGGAACAAUUUCUGCGAGAGAUAGAUUAGUUUCAGCUCUUGUUUACAUAAUCCCGUUUUUGAACGGAUUGAAUUACGGGACGUAUCUAUUCGCGAAAUACCCGUUAUUGGAAUUAGUAUUUGAUCCAAUUGUGCCAUUGUUGAGUUUCUACAAACCAGUACCAAGUGUUGGUUUAUUUGCAUUUCUUACUUUAUAUAUUGGUAUUGUGAGAGAUAGAAAUUUUAGCAGGUUUGUUAGGUUUAAUUCAUUGCAAGCAAUGGUGCUGGAUUUUAUGUUGGUUGUUCCAUCUUUAGCCAGGACAAUAUUGGUGAAUGCCGACCCGUUUGCUGAAGAGAUUGGAUUGAAGUUUCAGUUGUUGAAAGUGAGUCAUGAUGUUACGUUUAUUGUCAUUGUGCUUGCGUUUCUUUAUGCGUUUUCGCGUUGUGUUCUUGGUAGGAUUCCUGAAUUUCCAGGUAUUACUAAUGCUGUUGAAUGGCAAAUCUUCGCCGUGGAUCGCCAACUGUGA